AUGAGUGAAAAGAAGAAUUUAUCUAAGUAAGUUCUUAGAAGAAACAUCUCAAUAAAGUCCCAGUGGGAAACGAAGAAUCUAUAGAAAUCCAACAUUAGCUCGAUUACAUUUAGAAUAAGAAGUGAACAGUAGAAAAAUGAAACAUAAACUUAGAAGGCAUCUCCAUUUUAUGAUACUUUGCAAUAAGAAGACUGUUUUAGAACAAAUGCAAUCCUAAAUGUCUAGUUGUCCGUUGAAGAUGCUUUAAAAUAAUACAAACAAGAUGGAAUUAUUGGAGAAUGA